AUGUCAGUUCCACUUGAACCCAGAGCGGCAGGUAAAUUAAUCACUGAGAACAGUAAGGAUGUAUUUGUGGAGCCAGAGGGUGUGCGCUCACUUGCUGAGAAGUUGUUUGAGAAGAUUGGAAGGAAGGAGAUCACUCUGAAGGGAUGGAAAUCAAUGCAUGAACUCAACCCACAGGACUCAGGAGAAGAUGCCGUGAAUUGGGUGUUUUUUGCAGACACCUUAAAUUUCUCCUUCUGGUCUGAACAUGACGAUAAGAAGUUCCUGGUGAAUUACAAAGGAAAAGAGUACAGUGGCUACUGGUCUUUCUGUGCUGCAAUGAACAGAGCCCUGGAUGAAGGGAUACCUCUUACUACUGCAUCAUUUUAUGCCGAUAUAACCAUGGACCAGCUGAAACACAUUCUGCGUAGUGAUUCAGAGUUUCCCAUCCCAAUGAUUGAAGAACGUCUGGAGAUCCUUCACCAGACAGGAAAGAUUCUCAUGGAGAAAUUUGGAGGCUCUCAUUCUUGAACUGUGUGAAAGCGAGUGAGAAGAGUGCUGUAAAACUGAUGCAUCUGGUUGUGGAGAAUUUCCCUUCCUACAGGGAUGAAGGAGUCUUUCAGGAUAAAAAAGUUGCCUUCUACAAGCGUGCUCAGAUCCUGGUAGGAGACACGUGGGGUGUACUAGAAGGAAAAGGUGACGGCUCCUUUUGUGACAUCAACAAAAUCACCAUGUUUGCUGACUACAGGAUACCUCAGGCCUUGGUACAUUUUGGCACAAUGAGAUACUCAGAAGAGCUACUAAAGAAGCUUAAGGAAGGUUGGCUUUUCCAGAAUGGAGAUCAAGAGGAAAUGGAGAUUCGUGGUUGCUCCAUCUGGGCUGUGGAAUUGGUCUGUGAGUGUAUACAGGAAUUGUUUGAGAAAAAAGGAGAGAAAAUGAGCAAUGAAAUAAAUCCUGUCCUGAUUGACCACUUUCUGUGGGAUUAUGCUCGAGACUACAGGGAGGAAAUUAAAGUGGUUCCCUUUCAUAGGGUUCGAUGUAUCUACUAUUAG